GCUGCGAAUCGGACGUGUUCGGUAAGCCAGACUUGCGUCAUCCGUGAUUUGGGCCAUAACAAAAACACGUUUACGAAACUUACGUCGUCAUCUCGUUCUGGCCCGCGCGCGUAAACCAAGUCAAAAGAGAAGCCAAAAGCGAAAAGCAGGCCAAAGAAACGGCUACAAAACAAACCGAAAGCAAAACCCCGUCGCCAUCAGCAUUAUCAGCGCGCAUAAUGGAAAUGGCGCCCCUAACAAUCAUGUAAAAUUGGUGUAAAAUGCAGACAAGAUGGAGCCCCGGCAUAAAGGAAAUGGGAAUCGUGCGAACGGCAAUAACACAUCAAAUUGGUAUUAGAAGUUGUUACUCUGACGCCCCGUGCUAACUACAUAUAAAAAAAGGGGGGCGGAAGCUGGGCGUGGCCACAGUGAUACAAAUUGGAGCAGGAGCAGGAGCAGAAUCAUCAACCGCUGCGGGCCCACAUCGUUGCCCGUCUUGCGCUGGUUGCAACAUAAAAGUCAAUUAAUGUACUAUUACAACAACAUCAGGAACAGCAGCAACAGGAGAAACUAACCAGUAGCCUUUACUGAGGGCAAAGAAAGAAGGAGGGAGGAGAAAUUACUGCAAAUUACACGCAACGAGUCCUGAAAGCUGCGGUCCAAGUUGGAGCAGGAUCCGGAAGCCGCCGAGUGGACCGAGGAGGAGGAGUCGGUGUACCAGAAACUAGAGCUGGUACCAUCAGCCCCACCACCGCCGCCUCCCCGUCGCCAUUACCAUCACCAUCAACGCCAUCAGCCACUGCCACUGCCACUCCACUGCCAUCUAUUGUCCAGCGGUGGCAGUGACAACAACAACGAUAACGGAGACGAGAACGAAUACGAAAAGGACGACGAAGACGGCGGCAACAAAAUGACUUUCGUUAACAAGCUGAGCAAAAGCUUCCGCUGGCUGCGCUGCUCGACAUUGUGCGCAAUUUUGUUUUAUAUGUUCUUCAUUGGCCUGAUCCUGCACAGCACCAGCCACAAGCUGCAGCAGCAGCUGAAGGAGCAGGCCAGCAGCACCAGUAGCAGCAGCAGCAGUAGCAGUAGCAGCACGCAGGCAGAGGGAAAAAUGGCGCCCAACGUGGGGCAUAAUGGCGCCCAACGACGGCCGGAACUGGAGCAGCAACAAAAACACGAGGAAAAGCUGAGGUCUCAGCCUGUGGCAAACAAUUUGGAUUUGGGGAACGAAUCUCCCCAUCUCCCCCAUCCACAUGAACAUCCACCCCACCCACAAAAAGUGCAAAGUGCGGCUGCCAGCAAUGCCAGCAAAUCCCCUAACCAGCCAGAAACAGUUAUUUUAGCGGCCAGCAAUGUGAAUGAGAAGCAAAUACUGGCAAAAGCUUUCAAACGGGCCGAUCGUAAUCGCGAUGGCAUUCUGUCCAUUCAGGAGAUGGGCCAGUACAUCAACCGCCGGAUCGUGGAGCACAUUGAUGAGGCUAUUAUGAACAAUGCCCGCGAAUUCCAACGCGUGGACAUCGGACCCGCCGACGGGUUGAUCACCUGGGAUGAGUACCACCGGUUCUUUUUGAGGGAGCACGGCAUGACGGAGGCGGAUAUCGAUGAGCAUGACGAGAUCCGGCACACGGCACUGAAUCGACGGGCCAGGGAGGACAUGAUGAGGGACAAGGCCCGCUGGUCGGAGGCAGCUCGAACCGAUCUGUUCACGCUGACCAUCGAUGAGUACUUAAGUUUCCGGCAUCCCGAGUCCAGUGUGUCCAAUCUUUUGGAGCUGGUGGAUGAUCUGCUGCGCCAGUUCGAUCAGGAUGGUGACGAUCAGCUAACGUUGGAGGAGUUCUCCGAUCUCAAUGUCGACGAUGACGACGACCUGAUGCGCAAGUCUCUCAUAUCGAAGACUCUGGUGGAGCGACGUGAGGAGUUUAAGCGGAUAAUCGACAGGAACCACGAUGGCAAGGCUGAUCGGGGGGAACUCCUGAACUAUGUGAAUCCUAAGACACCGCGGUAUGCUCUCCAAGAGGCGGCCACUUUGUUCAGCCUGUGUGACGAAAACAAGGACGAACUGCUGACCCUCAAGGAGAUGACUGACCAUGCUGAGAUAUUUCUGCAAUCCAAAAUGAUCGACACGGCUAACAGUUUUCACACGGAAUUCUAAUUUUCUUCUUCACCAUCACUACCCUUACCCCUUUGAGCAUUUAUAGUGAUAUUAAUUUGUAAGUUUUUGCACUUAAAAUAGCUAAUUUAGUUGCAAAAAGUGUUUUUGUUAAUACUUUUCAUGAAACACUAAGAUCAGAUGUAAUGCAUGAAAAAAGAAAAUCAUUUCCUGUGUGAUUUUUCAAUAAUUAACUUUUAAGAAUGCAAAGCAAACAACAUUUGACACAAAUACUCCAAAU